AAUUUAAAGAAUUUGUCAAUUUAGAAUAUAAAAUGGCCUCCAGACACAAUAUUAAUCCACGUAAGCCCUGGACUAAACCAAGAAUUAAGGUUUACGAUAUAAACAGAUUGUGCGGAGAAUAUUAUUACCAGCCAAUGAUUGAGUACAUAAACAACAAGGAUAAUACAGGGCGUACAGAAACCAUCGCAAUGAAGUACAUUACAGUACAAACUAGAGAGCCUGUACGUAUGCCUAGCUCUCAGGAUCUGAUGAACUGUAAUGUAGAAGAUCUAGGGUUUAAAGUGCCCAGAAUUGGCGAUUUCCUUUCACGGUACGGAGCCAAGAAGAUUAAAGAGAUGAACUCACAAACAGUUCAUACGAAGAAUGAGAUGCUGAGGCAAUCUAAGAACUCUGAAACUAUUCCUGAUAAAAGAACUUCAACACUUAUCAGAAAUCAAUACAUAAGAGAGGUGUCUUCUAUGUACCAAGGACAAAAAGGACCAAUAACUGCAGAAUCCAGCCUCUUUUAAAACAAGAUAAGGAACAUUGUUAACUUUAGGUGUAAAAAUCAUGGUUAAUUGAACUCCUUGAAUAAAGAUUUGUGUUUCAAAAUAUGA